UGUGACCUUGAAACUAGUUAAGAUUCUAAAGUCUCCUCUUUAUAGGUGUCGGACGAAACGUUUCGCAACCCGUAACUGGGUCGAAGUUGCCUAUCGAAUUCAUAUCCGUUCAUGUCAGAACCACCUGUCCGUCGGAAGCGCGCAUUAUCAUUUGCUGGAUACUCAGAGCUUCCUAAAAUUUCCAGUAAUGUUCAGUUUGGACAAUUACCUACUGCCACCCGAAUUCGCCAUCCAUCGAUCGUACAUUCUGAAGGUUUUCCAGCUCUUGAUGGGCUUUACGGGGGUGUUUCGUGGAAGUUAAACAAUGAGCAAAGUGGAUUCCCACCGUCUAAAAGUUUAUCAGAUGUCAAAGAACGUAGAAUAAGUGGUUAUGGUUUACGUUCAAGGAAAUCUUCAAUCGCUACGGUUGUAGACCAUCCACUACAUAGCUGUAUUUCGACUCCAGAAAUUUCCCCUAAAGUACCAAGUUCCUGUUCUGAUUCAGUAGCAAAAGUGGCUCAGCCAUCUAGUUUAUUACCUUUUAAAUAUUCAGAUUAUAUUCUCCCCGAUAGUCCAUUAUCUUCGAAUCUUGUUAAACUCUACCUUGCCAAGGUUGGCACAUCAAAUUCUGUUGAACAUGUAUGCCCAAAUAAUUCAUCUCAGUCGAAAUCCCCACAAACUUCUUUACAGAAUGACCAUUGCUUACCAGAAUAUUUACAGAUUCACCCACCCACUCUGGCUUCAAUGGUUAUGCCAGUAAACCAGAUAACUCGAGUACAUGGUAGCCAAAAUAAAUCUGUCCAUAUUUCUCCGAUUAGAAAAUCAGACAAAUUUGGGAAUUCAGUGAAUAUUUAUUUGAAUGGUCAAAAUGCAUUAACAGAUACAAGUUAUUCUAGUGAAUUCAGUGAUGGUGAAUCAUGGGGACAUCGGCCUAUCUGCGAUCUUACUAACACUGGAUAUCUUUCAGAUAAUCACCUCAUAGAAGCUGUUUCUAAAGCAAAAAUGUUCAAUAUGAGUAAACGGCAAUUAGAAAUGCGCCUAAAUAUCCGACCUGGUUCUAACAGCAUCUCUCCUAAUCGUACAAAAACAAAUUCAA